AUGUUCUUCACGGGAAGCUUACAAGAAGGCAUUGCCUCAGCGCUGCAGCAAAAUAAAUGUGUCUUUUGUUUCGUGACAGAUGAGCAAGAUGAAAGUCAACGUUGGGAGACCGAAUACCUCACAGAAGACUCUAUUGUAACGCUGCUCAAUGAUGAAGCCGUUGCUUUGCGGUUGAAGCAGGGUUCAGAAGAGGCCGGCUUUCUAGCAGCCAUCUUUCCUCUGCCUAACACCCCAACCGUUGUUAUCAUCAAGAAUGGUGAUUUGAAGGAAUACAUCGUUAAUGGCACCAACAAGGACGAGUUUGUCAGGCGCGUAACGACCGCCCUUCGCGGAGCCCAGGGUCAGCCUGCCGUGCCGCAAUCUGUACCUGCUGCCACUUCCGCGCCGGCAGCUCAACCAACAGACGACCUGUACGGCGACGCCCCCAACAAUGCUUCUCAAACUAACACAAGCAACUCCAGCUCCCGGGGCCCUGCCACGCCAACCCAAGAAGAAGUCAAUGCGGCCGCCGUUCGUGACGUUCUCGCCGAACGCGCCGCCCGUCUUGAGGCUCAACGCCUUGAAAAUGAGCGCAAAGCCAGGGAAGCACGUGCUGCGAGAGCGGCAACUGACGAUUCUAAAGAGGCGGCUCAGACACGCAACCACAAAGAGGCGCUCAAGAAAGCCCGCCAGGAGGCUGCCGAGGAGAAAGCGCGCAUCUUGAAGAAGAUUGAGGAUGAUCGUGCUGAGCGACGAGCAAAGGCUGCUGAGCGCGCCGCACUGAGAGAUCAGAAUGCGUCGCCCAAGUUGGGAGAAGUGGCCGCUGCGUUGACGCGCUCUGAGUCGAGCUCGCUCGCACCAUCCAGUUCUGCUGCGAGCGGCAUGACGGCGCUUCAGGUGCGUUUGCUUGAUGGCUCCACGAUUCGCAAUCGAUUUCCCAGCAGCAAGACCUUGGGCGAUGUGCGGAAGUGGGUCGACGAGGCAAGGACCGAUGGAAACAAGGAGCCGUACCGGUUCAAGGUUGUGCUGGCGCCACAGCCCAGUAGACGAAUCGACGAUACCGAAGAGAGCAAGAAUCUUGCGGAUUUGGGCCUGUCGCCCUCGUCGACGCUUGUGCUGGCGCCUGUCGGGGCGCAUGUCAGCGCUUAUGAAGGGUCAUCGUUUGGCAGCAUGCUGGUCACGUUCCUGAUGCUGCCGCUUUCACUACUGCAGUGGCUCUGGGGCUUGAUCAGCGGUGCCUUCUCAGGCCUUGGAAGAGCCAGGAGCGAGGAGGGCGCCGCUGAACCGGUUACUGUGCGGGAGCAGCGCAAGGGGCGGUUUUCGCAGUUUGAGAAUGCGGACGAUCGGAGGGGGGAUCAUCAGCUUUACAACGGCAAUUCGCUCAACUUUGAGCCAAGGCCAGACGAGAAGAAGGAUGAGUAG